UUAUGCAGACGUUGCAUGGUUACGGUGCAUGCAUGUUGACUAACUUUCACCUCUGAAACUUUCUCCACUCAAUGAAAACUUACUGGUGUCAUUUUCUAGUUUAAAAAUAACCCUUUGAUCAAUCGGAUGUUUUUCAAAAUAUAGUCAACCUUUUUGAAACAUUUGAAAUAGAAAAGAUGCGCCGAACACAGGACAAGAAAUCGAUACCCAGUACGUCUGGCAACAAAAGUAAGAAUGCAGCAGCAAUACCUGCAGAACCUGAACGUGGAAAAAUUAGUACUGCCACUGCCAGUACUAAAGCAUCAUCAUCUCUGGAGAAAGCGUAUGGAUCCACAAAACCGAAAAGUGUCGUUGGGAAACCUGGAAAACCAUCGUCCAUCAUUGCCGCAUCUAAGGCGUCGUACGCAGAGAAGUACGGACCAAUCAACGCCACAAUGAGCAAACCCCCACCGGCGAAUACGGCGACAACGACGACUGUACCGAAAAAAUUGAACAAACCAAAACAAGGACAACAACCAACCAACAGCGUGCCCUCAAAUACAAAGUCUACACGCGGAGUCAUUCCGGUUCAAAAGUCUCCAAAUACCCGACUAGGACAAAAUAUAACUGCCCCACAACAACAACGACUGAAAGCAACGACUACGCCUCAAGCUAUACAGAAAUCCAGCGUGUCCCUCUCGCAAAUAACUAAAACAACGUCUAGCCCGUCCCAAAUAGGCAAAUUACCUAGUAAAGUGGAAGCUGAGGGUGAUGUAGAUUACGAUGAGGACUUUGAAGAGGACUAUCAGUCUGAUUUUGAGCAAGACCCCAGCACUGACGACGACACUAAUGAUGCCCAAUCUACCACAAGAGAUGCAGAAGGCCCAGAUGUAUCUAAACAAAAAUAUGCUGCAGAGAUGGAUGACCAGGACGACGUGAGUGAACUGGAGGGACAACGUGGUCCAGACUUCUUGGUGGAAUCGUCUGAAGACGACGAAGCAUUAAUUGAUCAGCACUAUUCAAUAGCUUCUCUACCGACAAACCAACCAGGAUUUUUUCGAAACACGGGCGGUGCUUCGGGUGUCAGAAAACUUGCAGAAGCUGGAGAGGAAACCAAAUCGACACAACAACAAGUUUCAUACAACCGUUCAGAGAAUAUCUCUACUACAUCUCCACCAAAUUUUCCAACACAUUCGAAUAGCAUUGCUGAUCCAGCAGGUCCACGUCGUCGUACAUUUGAUUUUGAAAGUGCUAAAGCAGAAAAAGGAAAGGAAAAUAAACUGACGCGAUCACAGAAACUGCAACAACUGAUAGUGCUCCAUAAAAUCAAUUCGGUGACGUUAUUCCAUUUAGAAAACUCGCCCGAGCAGUAUGCAUUUUCCGUAUUUGGAACACUUAGCCAUCACAAAUCAGUGCAAACAGAAAAACUUCAAACAAACUUUUCUGGUCAGACGGAUCGUGCUCUAUCUUGGCACAAAUGGACACAAAAACCUCCAGCGUGGUCAACUGAUCAAGCUCAGCAGUCUGAUAUCCAUAUUCUUCGUGAGGAAUCAUUGGGCGUUGGUGGAGAACCUGGCAUAGCAAAUGUUCAAUACGAGGAGAAAAAGGGGGACCAAACUUGGAGCAAGCCCAGCUUACAACAAGUGCAGUGGGAGUACGAAGUGGGGACGAGUUGGAGUAGAAUUUCAAAAUUUAUCUCAAGAGCGAGUCGCAAAGUGUUGUACGUUUUAGAAUCACAAAAGCGUUUAGCCCUUUCCGAUGGUCAAGCUGUAGGAUCCCGUUCGGAGGCCAAGCUGAGCCGGGGUUUAGCGGUUUUCAACAGCUUGGAAAUGGCAUGUCUCACAUGUUCUGGUGAUUUUGUGGCGUGUGCCAAUUUUUAUCCGGUUGAAAAGUCCCGUAGGAAAAGUGAUGCAAAAAGUGUGAUAACCAUUUGGAAUGUGAAAGAACCAAGUUGUCCCAAGUACUUUUUACGUAUGUGGGGCAAAGUUACUGCCAUAACGCUGUUUGUGUACGGUCACUUGGUGGUGGCUGGAGGUCGAGAUGGUGGGUUAGCGAUUUGGGACUUGGAUGAGCAUCAAGACUAUCACAAACUUUACCAGGAUCAAACUAUUCGAACUGCAACUAUCGACACUGCUCUAUUGGAUCAGAGUCAUAAGGAGGCAAUUGUAGGAAUCAAUGUUGUUUCACAAACAGAGGACUCUUCAAUGAUUUUGUCCAUGGAUCGUUCCGGUAUAUUUAAAUCUUGGUCCGUACUUCGUUCCAGUGAAAUAAUUGAGAAUCCUCAGUACCCAAAACACACGGCGUACUGGUCCAGACUGAAUAUAUGUCACAAAACUACCCUCAAUCUGAAUGACUCUUUAGCAGAGAAAGUUUUACUCGUGUCAACAUUCAUGACCCCAACAAAUGACCCAAACAAGAAUAUUGGUUCCACUACAACAAUUCCGGAUUUUAUUUGUGGGACCGUAAACGGCUUCGCCAUUCGCUCAAGCUUUCUGAAGAAUAAAAAGGACGAAGCUAAAGUUCGAGAAUACUACAAAAUGACAUCUGAAAAAAUCAAUAGAAAUUUAUCAAACGGUGAAGGUGAUGGAUUCACUGGAAGCGAAGAGAAAGGAGGACGAAGCGGAGACGACACAAUUGUUUCAAAAAAGCUGUUUAUUCAAAAAUACUAUCCACCCGAAUAUAAUACGUCGAUCACUGCGAUGGACAUUAACUCAUCUUUGAACAUCCUCCUGACUGGGUCAACGGACGGAAAAUGUCGACUGUAUUCCCUUCAGUAUCGCAAAGUAUUGUUGACCAUUAACUGCGACGCUCAACCUUUGAGAGUUCACUUUAGUAAGAAACGCCUCUCCGUGAUCUAUGUCGCCUUGAAAGAAGGGAUCCAGAUUUACGACUUGGUCAAAAACGAAAAGACUCCGUGGAAAGUUAUUUCACUACCAAAUAUUCGAGACUUGGAAAUAUAUUUCUCGGUUUUUAAUGAAUUUACGGUUGUUCUGGCAUCGAACGAGUUGAAAGCGUCAAUGAGCGACUUUCCGGCAUUGACGGAUCAAGAAUACAAGAAGUUCUUGUCACGUUUAGAUGUACUAUGUUCUUAACCAAAUGUUGUGUAUCAUAUAAUUUUAAUCGAAUGUUAUUUCUAAGCGGAUACAUUGAGUCGUUUUUAGGAAAUAAAUGUAACAAUAAACACACAAAUCAAGGGACAGAUUCAA